GUCAAGAGUAAAGCAUCUAAUCUCUCUCUGAUCUGCCACACUUUAACAGUAUCAUCAAGGAGUCAGAUUGUGAAAGACAGAGAGAGCAAUAUUUACAAAAAAAAAAAAACUUCAACAGAGAAGUUCACACGUACUGUGAAGAUGAUGCGAGCUCAUAUUGAGGUGAUUCCCUGUAAGAUCUGUGGAGACAAGUCAUCAGGUGUGCACUAUGGGGUCAUCACCUGUGAGGGCUGCAAGGGAUUUUUUCGAAGGAGUCAAUCCUCCAGUGUGCAGUAUUCUUGCUCUAGGCAGAGUAACUGCCUCAUUGACCGCGCCAGCAGGAACCGCUGCCAGAGCUGCCGCCUAAAGAAAUGUGUUGCCCAGGGAAUGAGCCGAGAUGCGGUGAAGUUUGGCCGCAUGUCUAAGCGUCAGAGAGAUUCUCUUUUUGCUGAGGUGGAGAGGCAUCAGCAGCAGCAGCAACAACAGCAGCGUCUCCAGGCCAGUCAAGCUGAGCCCGAGCCUGUGCCAGCCUACAGGCCCAGCAAAGAGCCUCGAGGUCGCCCAACACAUUUAAUCCAGCCCCUGGUUCCCACCUUCCCCUACACCCUGGACCAAGAGCUCAACUGCUCUUCAGAGGUGCAUCCGUAUCAGGGCAGUGCCACAGGCGAGGCCCAGGCUGCAGCUUUGGCCUACAGAAGUUCUCAAAGGGGUGGAGAGAGCAGCAGCUUUUCAACACUGAGAGGCUUUGACCCCAGAAGAUCUACACCCGAGGCCAUCCUGAGCAUUCCAGGAAAUGAAAUGGGAUUACGAGCUUUUGACACUGAAGGCUUAUUCUGCCCUUACCCUACGUCAACGCACAUAGAGGAGCUGUGUGCAAGCAUUUUCCGCUCUCACAGAGAGACAAGUCAGUAUCGCGUGGAGGAGCUGCAGGCUCUUAGAUGGAAGAUCUUCAGCAGGGAGGAGGUUCAUGCCUACCAAAACAAAUCUAUGGAUGAGAUGUGGCAGCACUGUGCCGUUCGUCUGACAGAUGCAGUACAGUACGUGGUAGAAUUUGCAAAGCGCAUUCCAGGCUUCCGUCAGCUUGGUCAGAAUGAUCAAAUUGCCCUUCUCAAGAGUGGUUCGAUGGAAGUAGUUCUGGUCCGCAUGAGUCGGAUAUUUAAUACUGAGAACAGCACAGUCUUCUUUGACGGCAAGUUUGCUGGAACUGAGCUUUUCAAGUCUCUUGCAUGUGGUGAUUUUAUUGCAUCAGUAUUUGACUUUGCUCACAGUCUUUGUGCUCUGAGGAUGACAGAGCAGCAGGUGGCGCUGUUCAGUGCUCUUGUGCUCAUAAAUGCAGAUCGUCCAUGUCUGGAGGACAGAGACAGAGUGCUGAGAGUGAGAAAAGAUGUGGAAUUGGCUCUCAGUCACAUCCUACACAGAGACAACCAAGAAAGUUUACUGCACAAGCUGUACCAGAAGGUGGCAUUGUUAAAAAACCUGUGUACGCUGCAUAUCGAGAAGCUACGCUGGUUCCGGCAGUAUUACCCACUGACUGUGCACUCUCUCUUCCCUCCACUUUACAAGGAGCUGUUCGUCUCAGACACUGAUAUACACACAAUGGUUACUCUCUGAACACAUCCACUCAGUUGCACAGUACACAGAGUACACAGUACACAGAGUACACAGUACACAGAACAUGUAACAGUAUGUCUUCAAUCUACACUUAUCUUCUGAAGGAGACUAUAUAUUUGUAACUCUGAAACAAAAACUAAUGUCGAAAGAAAGUAUAACAGAUUCUGUAUUUUUGUGCAAAUGCUAUUUUAUAAUGUGAACAAAAUGUUUCUACAAAUAAUAAGCUCCUUAGCUAUGACAGUAUUUUUGAUGGUUUGAUAGCUGUAUAAAGUAGCAUUUUAUAGUUAACAAAUUGUUUUUGUUAACAAAUGACCAUGUGUGUGUGUAUAUGUGAUUACACCUUUUUUUUCUGAAGCUGGUGCGUAAAAUGCCUGUUUCCUCUAUUCACUGGUAAGCCAUUUGAUGAAUCAGUGUUACUCUGAAGGUACUGGAGCAUUUCACUGGAACUGAAUGACUCAAAUUCAAUUCCACACCAAGUUAUGUUCCCAGAACUGACAUGCUUGCCCUUCCUCUGUCACACAUUGUUUCUCUGUCACACACUGCUUCUCUUAUUUGGACACAGAAAUAAUAAUAAUAACCCGAAGUAAAGGCAAAGAGUCUCUCAAAAACAACCACCUCUGAAAAUUAUUACUAAAUGUUCUGAAUUAAUUCAAUGAUAGUAGUCUUUUUCAGUCUUGUUUUGAGAUUGUGUUAGAGUAUCUCAAAACAAGACUGAAAAAACGACUACUUUUUAAAGGAUAGUAAAGGAUUAGAGUAGCUAUUGAAGGCCAUUUACAUAUUGACACAAAUUAUAACUGGCUAUACACUGCAUUAAUUAAAAUGUUUUGUUUAAGAGUAAAUUUGACAUAGUCACAUCAUUUCCUUUGAACUCAUUCUUGUAAGUUAGGUAUGUGUACCUAUAAUCCUUUUUGUUUGUUCAUUGGUUUGAAUAUACCCACAUAUAUGAUUUCAAAGUGGCAAUUGAUUUUGUUUUGGGGGUUUUUCAUAGUUUGGUUCCUUGCAAAUCCCUUUUCAGUCAAAGGUUACUCAUUAUAAACUACAUCAUCUAAGCAUUGUUUCCACCAUGUAUUUAACAUCUACUUCAUUCUAGGCUUCAGGACGGCUACAGUCAUUAUUAGGGUGCUGAAUAAUUUCAUGCUACGUGUGAGGUUUUAACAGUUAGUUUCAAGGGUGUAAUUGUAGCCGAAGUCCAUAGGCAUGUUAGGACCUUGCUGGACACACAGCUGAUGUUUAAACAUGUUAUCACAGGUUGCAAAGAUGUAAGUGUUUAAUUAUAAUAGUAGCACUGAUAAGUAUGAAGCUUGAUGCCAUACAGCCUAUGGCAGCUAAGCCUACAUUAGCAUUUAAGUUUUACAUUUUUGUAGCAGUGUGAUACAUGUGUAUAUCAAGUGUAUAUCAAGAAGUCCUGGUCUUGCCAUUUAAGCACUUGUACAUAUAUAUAUAUAAAUAUUUGUUAUUGAUUUCAAAAUUGUUGCUGAUAUACUAUAUUACCUUUUCUGACUUUGGUUGACUGGCUCAUUUAUGUUUUUUUUUUUUUUUAAUGUAUUAUGCUAAGAGAAAAAGGCAUUAAAUAAAUACAUAAAAAAAGAAAAAAAUUAGAUUUUUUUCAUUGAAUAUCAAAAUAAUGAUUUUUGUCUGAUUUAAAUUUUAAUGAGCAGUUUAAGGAGUUAUUGUUUCCACUCCACACCUAACCCAAUUAUGAAGUUGAACACGUUA